GGUGGGUGUUGGUGGUGUUGGUGGUGGUGGGUGGGUGUUGGUGGUGGUGGGUGGAUGUUGGUGGUAUAUAUUUAUAGACGAACACGCGGCAGGUGCCGCCUUCUCGCACCAGCGAAACGCGGCGCGUCACCCGGGGCCCGCUUCUCUCCGGGCACCGCUUUUAGCGGUUAACGUUGUGAACUAAAACACUUCAUUUAUUGUUUAUAUUCUUCUUUAACAAGAGUUAACACGAGCACGAGUUAAAGAAUAUAGAACAACAACACGCACUGGCCUUAGCAUAAGUUCGAUUUAAUUUUACGUCGAGAUAUUCCGCCGAAGUUGGGAAGUUAUUCGUUUUUGUCUCUUUUGUGUUGCAGAGAAAACGGAACUACUUGGAUUUCAAUAUUUGAUCUUUAUCAAUGUUUAACUUCUGGACUAACUCAAGUUUUGAAUCGAAGGUGCUGCUGCUGUCCACACGUGCCACGAUGAGCGACCCCAUGGGUGGCGGCAGCGACGGUGAUGGUAGUGGUGCAUCGCCUCCACUUAUGCUGGAGGCAUCGCCGUCGCUGAUUAGCGGCGGCAACCCCACGCAGGCACCACGUUACGGCACCGUCAUCCCCAAUCGCAUCUUCGUUGGGGGCAUCGACUUCAAGGUAAAUGAAGCUGAACUUAAGAAGUAUUUCACUCAGUUUGGUGCUGUUAAAGAUGUCAAGAUCAUAAAUGACAGGGCUGGAGUCUCCAAAGGUUAUGGAUUUGUCACAUUUGAGUCACAAGAGGAUGCACAGAAGAUACAGCAAGAGGCUGACAAAAUUAUGUAUAAGGAUAAAAAGCUCAACAUUGGCCCAGCCAUUCGAAAACAACAAGUCGGCUUCCCACAGUUUCCUCUAACUCCAGCAUCAGGGAGUAUGGUCCUCACAACUUCAACAGGGCAGCCUUUCCUCUUUCACAAUGGCGUGGCUUAUUUCCAACAACCUGAUGCUAUGCCAGUCCAAAUGCCUAUUCAACAGCACCAGACAUACUAUAAUCAUCAACCUAUGCAUAUACCAUCACCCCAAGCAUCACCCGUGUACCAACAGCCUGCCUACUCUUAUCAGCAGGCUCCCCCUUCUCAGUGGUCCACUGGCCAGUGGCUCUGGAGUCCACCUCAAGCUCCACAAUCGCCAGUGAUGUACAUGCAGCCCCAAGAGAUGAUGUACCACCAUCAGUCCAUGAACAUCCCCACUGAUGGAGGCAAUUCCCCUGCCGGCCCUAUAAUCACAGAUGUUUCAAUCUCAGAGCGUUACACAGAUCAUACGAUGCAGGCUGCUUACCACCAGACACACUUGCACCCGCCCAACAACAUGCAAGUGGCCAUGGUGUCCCAAGACCACGUGAAGGAUACCAAGAUGUUUCACAUGAGACGGGUCUACGGGACAUCUCAGCAGGGUGGUGUCAAAUCUCGAAUGUGGCGCAACGCCACCGGCUUCCGCCACCGACGAGAUUUACAAAUGGAACGAGCAAUCCUCACCCCCCCGCCGACGCCAACGGAAGGUGGCCAGUGAGCACACGCACUGUGCUGCACGCUGUGGCCACGCUUGACCGACUCGAGACACGCAGCGCAAUGACAAAUAUUUGAUUUUGUGUGAGCCUUUGCGGUAGGAUGUUUUGCCUGCGUGUGCCAUUGCAGCUACAAGGUCAUUGCCAAUUUUACUUGGGCGAAUUGUUUACAUGGAGGAGGUCAAUGUGGUUUUGCUGCAUACUUUUAUGUGAAACGUAUAGGAUUAUAAUUUGCUGUAGUGUUCCAGGGAAGCCUCAUAGUGUAAAAUCCUUUUAUAUUUCAUUAUAUUGAAGCAAACCCACAUUCACCUAAUUAUUGUUAAGUUUGUUCAAAGUGUAGAAACCUUACAUUCAGAUUUAAGAGAAAACAUUAUUUAUCACUGAACAAGAAUUUUAAGUCUUUAGGCACAACUUUCAGGUGUUAGGACUUCGUGAAAGAUGAAGCCGAAAUUGUGUUCAUCAUUUGACACAAGUUAUUGCCUCAAUGUGCACUUUUAUAAAUAGUGCCUUCACUGAAGAAUGUUUGCUUUUAUGUCUAGAGUGCCUUCAAACAUAAGUCUUGAUUACAUUUCAGUAUAUUUUAUACAUGCAUUGUGUGCAAUGCUGUACACAAGUCUUAAAGUGUGAUAUAGUUAGUUUAUGCAGCUACAGUACAUGGAAGUCGCAUUGUCCUAUCUUUAAACAAAACUUCACAUUGGUAAGGUUGUAAAGUUUACUACACUUGCAUAAAGUAUGUUUACUUGAAGUAUGUAAGGGUAUUUCAUAGACUUUCAUGGUGAGAUUUUAGUUUUGAUUUGGUCGAGUGCUUCAUUUUUAACAUAACCCCAUUUUUACAACGUGCAACCACUGCUGUAAUGGUUAGCGUUCAUUAUAAACCAAUAAUGCUACAUUCCAAAAUGUUUUUAAUGGCAGAGAAAUACGAGGGGAUAGACACUUAAUAAAAAACACAAAGUCCCUUGGUAAUUUUGCUCUAAAACAAGCUAAUCUAUGGGCAAAAUGUAAAAAUGUAUCACACUAAUAGUUUAUCAUGCAUAUUAUUUCAGAAUUCUAUAUCCACAUUCAAGAAAUUAACAUGUAAAUUUUUUGAUAUAAAAAAAUACAUCUUUACAAACUUAAUACUGAUUGACAAUCUACAGUUAGGCUUUUUUCAGGUGUUAAUGUCUUCAGCGUUUUAACAAAGCUCUGUCAUUGUCAACUACAUUUUUGCAUAAUUAACCAAAGCUAGGUUUUAUACGAAUGAAAAUAAGUGGCCAAAUCUUUUUGGGUCUUUGCUCCAACUCAGCACGUUAAUAUAAGUGCUGGCCUUUAAUAACAUGUGGCCCAAAAAUAACUCUCAACCUGCAAUGUUGUUUCCUACUGAGAGUAAGCAGCACUCACUUCACUGAAAAUCCUGACCAAAUCAAAGCAAUCUUGCCUCUAUACCCCAUCUCUCGAGAUGUUUAUCAAUAGUGUAUGCGGUGUUUAUUUUCCUGAAAGAUUUGAUAUGUGAUAUAUAGCAAUAUAAGUAUGAUGGAACUCUGAUGUUUACAAGAUGUUUUCCUAAGCUCAGAGCUUAAUGUAAAAUGCAACAAUGUGAAAAAAAAUAUUAAAACUAAAAGUUUAAAAAAAUGUUUGCGUUGCUGGAGACUAGGUAAAAAUUUUUUACAUUUCAUUGUAGCCUAGUAGAAACCACUUGGAUUAGUUAAGGCACUUGUUUUGCAAAUGUAAGUCACUGUUUCCCAGCUUACAAAUAAAAGUUACAUGUUUUGAAGGUG